GGGUACAUUUUUCGGCACAACACCGGCAGCCAGCAGAGCAGCCGAGCCGAUACUCAAGAUGGCAGGUCUAUCUUUAUACUUUGAAGAUAGCCAUGAUGAUCUCGAUGAUUUUGGAUUUGAUGAUUACUCGUCAGAAUGUGAUGGCAUCCGCAUCACAGCCUUCCUCGAUGCCGGACAAGACAACCUAACUCCUCUUGGGAGGCUAGAGAAAUAUGCCUUUAGUGAGAAUACGUUCAAUAGGCAGAUCGUGGCUCGUGGCCUGCUUGAUGUGCUUCGAGAGUUCAGUGACAAUGAAAAUGACUUUACCAGUGUCAUGGAAACAAUUGCCAGAAUGUCAGAGGAUGCAGAGCCCACGGUGCGAGCUGAACUAAUGGAGCAGGUUCCCAACAUUGCCAUGUUUUUGCACGAGAGUCGGCCAAAUUUCCCAGCCGCUUUCUCAAGAUACUUAGUACCUAUUGUCGUGCGGUAUCUCACUGACCCAAAUAACCAGGUUCGGAAGACGAGUCAGGCAGCGCUGCUUGUUUUGUUGGAGCAAGGCCUCAUUUCUAAAGCUGACAUGGAGACCAAAGUUUGUCCAGUUCUGCUCGACUUGACAGAACCCAGCAGUGAUGAUGACUACAAAAUUGAGGCAGUUGCUAUCAUGUGUAAAGUUGUCACCAUGCUGAGCAAAGACACCGUGGAGCUUCUGCUUCUGCCACGUUUCUGCGACCUGUGCAGCGAUGCCAGACUCUUCCAAGUGCGCAAGGUGUGUGCAGCUAACUUUGGAGAGUUUUGCUCUAUUGUCGGUCAGGAGGCCACAGAAAAACUACUGAUGCCGAAGUUCUUCAACCUUUGCUCAGAUACCCUUUGGGGCAUCAGGAAAGCUUGUGCUGAGUGCUUCAUGACCGUCUCAAAUUCCACCUCUCCAGAGGUGCGACGCUCAAAGCUGUCACCCCUGUUCAUCAACCUCAUCAGUGAUCAGUCCCGCUGGGUGAGACAGGCUGCCUUUCAGUCUUUGGGGCGAUUCAUCUCCACCUUCGCCAACCCCUCCAGCACAGGCCUUCAUUUCAGAGACGAUGGUGCCUUUCCAGAGGUCCCCAGGUGUACAUCAGAGAGCAACUGCUCUUUGAACCCCUUGAACUGCUCUGACAUUAGCAGCUGCCACAAAGAAAGACCCAUCACCCACACGCCCCCCAACCAGGAUGGCCGAGCCACACCAUCACCAGAGCACGUGUCGACUGCAGACUGUGAGGACUCGCACAACUUUGACGACAACCACUCGCCUGGUCCUGGAGACGGCUUCAUUACCACAGACAGCACCAACAGUCCCACGGCAACAAACAACGCAAGAAACACAAAAGAAACAGAGCAGACAGAUGAGAACUUUAAUUCCUUCAAUUAUUGGAGAGCUCCUUUACCAGACAUCAGUGAGGAGCUGGAGAUGUUAAGUUGUCCGGGAUCUGUGCAAAUAAUGGAGAAAGAGGGGGAGAAGGGGGCAAAGGAUGAGGAACAGGAGGAGAAUUGUUCAGAUUCUAAUACCAGCCAUGGCAAAGCUACCAGCGAUCAGAUCCAGAAGGUUUUAGACUGUUUGCAACCUCACAUUGAUGAUCCUGAUGUACAGGCUCAAGUCCAAGUAUUGUCAGCAGCUCUGAGGGCAGCCCAGCUGGACAGCCCCUCAGAAGGCAGCCCAACAGAAGAAGAGCCAGAGGUGCUGCUUGAAAAUGAUCCUGACUGCCCAUCAGGAGAGAGUCAAGCUGCAGAGCCUCAGUCAGAGAUCGAGCAAACCUGCACAGAGGAGCAAACCUGCACAGAGGAGCAGCAAGCAAUGGAAACGUCUCCCUCCUCAGAAACAUGCCCAGUCCAGGAGCAAGAAGAUGAAGAGACGCAGACAGAACCCCUGGAGGAGCAUGAGGAGCCUCCUCCACUCUGUCCUGUUCUGGAGUCUAACUUCAUYGAAAGUGUUGAAGAGGAGAAAAAUGAUGACUGUCCUCACAGCCUAAUGUCAAAGAUGAAGCCUAAAAUCCAGAAUGUGAUCCCACAGCAGCUGUUGGAUCAGUACCUUUCCAUGACAGACCCUGCCCGGGCCCAGACAGUGGACACAGAAAUAGCCAAACACUGUGCCUUCAGCCUUCCAGGUGUGGCACUCACGCUCGGUCGGCAGAACUGGCAUUGCCUGAAGGACACGUAUGAAACCCUUGCUACUGAUGUGCAGUGGAAGGUGCGCCGUACGUUGGCCUUCUCCAUUCACGAGCUGGCUGUUAUCCUGGGGGACCAGUUGACGGCAGCUGAUCUGGUGCCCAUUUUCAACGGUUUCCUCAAAGACUUGGACGAGGUUCGCAUCGGUGUGCUCAAGCAUCUGUAUGACUUUCUGAAGCUGCUGCAUGCAGACAAAAGGAGAGAGUAUUUGUACCAACUGCAGGAAUUCAUGGUGACGGACAACAGCCGCAACUGGAGAUUCAGAUACGAGCUAGCAGAGCAGCUGAUCUUAAUCAUAGAGUUGUACAGCCACUACGAUGUGUAUGACUACCUCAGACAGAUAGCGCUCACUCUCUGCUCUGACAAGGUCUCAGAAGUCAGGUGGAUCUCGUACAAACUGGUGGUAGAAAUCCUCCAGAAGCUGUACGCAUGCGGCGCAGAUGACCUGGGCUUGAACUUCAUCAACGAGCUCACCGUCAAGUUCUGCCACUGUCCUAAGUGGGUGGGCAGGCAGGCCUUUGCUUUCAUCUGCCAGGCUGUUGUUGAAGAAGACUGCAUGCCCAUGGAUCAGUUCAGCCAGCACCUCUUGCCCAGUCUGCUCAGCCUCUCCUCAGACCCAGUGGCUAAUGUCCGAGUACUGGUGGCUAAGGCUUUACGACAGAGCGUCAUGGAGAAAGCUUACUUUAAGGAUCCUGGCUGCGGCUGCUCUGACGAGCUGGAGGAGACUGUGAUGGCUCUGCAGUCCGACAAGGACCGAGACGUGCGAUUCUUUGCCAGCUUGGACCCAAACAAAGGCCUGAUGGACACGGCUGCUCUGAUCUAGCCUUAUCUUUCCAAAUCCUGUCAGUCUACCUGCCUGUCUCACCUGUCUGUCUGACUGACUGACGCACAGUCAGCGUUACCUUCAACACCAGCACCCGACCAGAUUCACGACCACUCGCCUGCCGGGCAGACCCGACUUCUCUGAGAGUCACAACAGAUGUUCAAAUUGCAAUAUAAAACAUUUAUGCAUGCUCAGACAACAAAUGUCUCUGGUUGGGCAACACGAAGCGCACACAACAAAAACAAGCAAACCCCCUUUUGUGGGGGGGAGUUUUUAGAAAAUGAGCUGGACUCGGGUGGCUGCCUACGCUAGGCCUGAACUCUCUUCCCGCCCUCCUCCUCCUCACUAACAUCACCCCCACCACAGACUAAAACCUACGACGGGCUUACACUCUCCAAAGCUAAUUCUAAGCUUGUUAUAGAUAUUAAAUGAUUUUGUUUUUUUCUAAAUCCUUCUUUUUUGUGGGUUUCUUAAAACAAGCAGGUGAGGCCUGCCUGUCUGCGUGUGCACUAACUCAGGGGGACUUUUCUGAACCUAAACAGCAUUAUUAAGCUUACACUGUAAGCAGCAGCUGCUGGAGCCAGGGUGAAAAAAAAAAAAAAAAAACCUCCAGCUGUCUCAGCAACAGACCAGCCAAAACAAGUAGCUCUGCUGGUCACUUGCCUCAUUUCCUUCUGAAUGCUUAUCAUCUCAGACACCUUUUUUUAUUUCUGAGAUGUCCUCUCGUUUCUCGUCUCUUCCCUCCUGCCCUUUUCAUAUCAAUCAUUCUGUCACCUCUUCUUCACGGGACACAAAAAMCACUGCUGCUGCACAGUAAGAACGGUGACUCCGCCACUCAGCUUGAAUGAAACCAUAUCUUUGACAUAUUUUGGAAAAGCGUCCUAAAAAAAYAUUGCUUCCCCAUCCCCUUUUUGUGUCUAAAAAGUGACACUGURUGUCUCCCAGAUGACAGGAGACCAAUCAAAUACCUCUGUUCGGACGUAAUCGGCCAGUGGGUCACACGUUUGGGGGUACAUCUGUGUUCAAACAUGCUCUGAAUGUCCUCGGAUGAUUUAUUCCCCCGUAACUAUUCUGUGGUGUUAAUGAAACAAGGGCUCAUUACGAAGUGAUACAAGGUGACUCAGAGAGAAGAGGAAGAAAGAAAGUAAGCACACUGUUGGGUAUUGCAUGUUUCCCCUCCUCCRCCCUCCUUGUUGUGUAUAGUUUGUAUCACUUCCUUAAUGUUGACGUCAUUUUAAAAUGAUGACCAUGGUUACUUUCAGUGGAUCUGACUAACCAGUUGUACAGUAGAAUAAAGUAGUGGCUGUGUUAGCAGACUGGAGGAACCCUGAUCAUGUUUUUCUGUCUUGGUGGAAUGACUUUAAGGCUAUUUCUCUCUUUUUUUUUUUUUCACUUUUUGUACAGCUUGAACCUGUGGAUAAAAAGGUGUGUUAAUGGAACCAAGGCCAGUUAAGUUGAGAUGUGUAUGAACAGUGGGAGCAGUCACCAAGUCACUUUUUUUUCCUAUCAAUCGUCUGAGCUCAUUUGUUCUGUUGUAAAUGUUUACCCCUCUCUUUUUUUUUAAUUUUAAUGAGCUUAUUUUGUGAACUUGAGCUGAUUGUGGCGUGUGCUGUGCAUCUCGUGUCUUUCUUCCUUGGAAAGGAGAGCUCAUCGCAGUAAUGGCGGUGUCGUCUCAUCUCGUCUUUCUGCAAUGUGUCCAUCUCAUUUUUUUAAUGUAGUAGAACAGUUAAUAUAUACGUUUUAUGAAAGUUUUUUCUUUUUUUUUUCCAAUUAUGCACCGCAGUUCAAAGAUUUUAUAUCCUAACUUUACAAAAUUUACAACCUUUGUAAUAUUCAAUGGUUUCUUUUAAAAAGACAUUUUAUGUAAUGUUAUUUUUAGUAUUCUGUAAUUAAAAUGAUGAAAAUAAA